AUAUUCAUUUAUUAAUAUAAAAUAUUAUAUGCUGUAGCAAUUGAUAAUUGAACCUUAUUAAAAGGAAAUAUGUUUUUAAAGCAUAGUUAUCUUUGACAAAGCUCUGAAUAUUAUUAAUAAUUAUUAAUUACUUUACUAAUACUAAUGUAUUCAAAAUGCAAAUUGAAGUUCUAGCCACUACUACAGGCUUGCAGUUCCCAUUGCUGAUUGAAUCAAAACUCACCACUGUCUGCAUCUUACUUAAUCAGUGAGCUUUUAAGAGUUGUGAAACCUUUUCCCUAGAAGUCAGAGGAAUGCAAAGCUGCAGCUGAGACACUGUUGCCUUUGGUGAGCUUUGGUUUAGUGAGGACCUCUGAGACGAUCAUGGAUGGAUCUAACCGCAGAGCUGAAGCUCCUGCCUUGGAACCCAGUUCCAAGCUCUUCUGCUGUCCCAGUAUGAGACGCUGCCUCCCUCUGGCUUACCGAGAGGAACUCUACCACAUCCUGAGGAUGACUGGGCCCCUGCUUGUUUGCCGGUUCUUGAAUUUCCUUCUUUUCUUUGUGGUCACAAUGUUCUGUGGCCGCCUGGGGAACACUGUACUGGCAGGCUAUGGCAUGGCUUCAGCUACGAUAAAUAUAACUUCUGCAGCAACUGGAUUAGGGCUAACUAUGGCCUGUGAUACACUGGUUUCACAGACAUUUGGCAGUAAAAACCUGCUACAUGUAGGAGUAAUCCUGCAAAGAGGCAUUCUGAUCUUGCUGCUCUUCUGUCUUCCCUGCUGGGGUGUGCUUAUUAAUGCACAGUCCCUCUUACUCCUACUGGGACAGGACCCUGCUGUAGCCAGGGUAGCCCAGAUCUAUGUUGAGGCAUACCUUCCUGCUAUUCCAGCAAUAUUUCUGUACCAGCUGCAAGUGUCUUACCUCCAAAACCAGGGAGUGAUUAUACCUCAGGUGUAUGUAUCUGUGGUGUCCAAUGUUGUGAAUGUGCUGAUCCACUACAUUUUGCUAUUUUGGUGGGAUCUUGGAGUACAUGGAUCUGCAGCAGCCAAUUGUUUUGCUCAGGUCUUUUCCUGUUUCAGUUUAUUUGCUUACAUUCGCUUUAAGAAACUACAUGUUAAGACGUGGGGAGGCUGGUCCUCAGAGUCACUGCAGGAGUGGGACGGCUACAUGAAGCUGGCUAUUCCUAGUACACUAAUGUUAUGCUUUGAAUGGUGGAUCUAUGAAAUUGGAGGAUUCUUAGCAGGAAUGCUAGGGGAAAUCGACUUGGCUGCUCAGCAUGUGGUUAUAAUGCUGGCCUAUAUAAACUACAUGAUACCAGCUGGAAUACAAGGCGCAGCUUGUGUGCGUGUAGGUAAUGCACUAGGAGCUGGAAAUACAGCUGGAGCCAUUCUCACUAGCAAAGUUUCUUUCAUUUGUGCAGCUGUAUUGGCAGUCAUUCAGGGUGUAGUGCUUGGUGGUACAAAAUCAGUCAUUGGAUUUUUGUUCACUUCAGAUGAGACCAUAGCAGAGUUGGUUUCUGAACUCAUGAGCAUUUACUGCCCCCUUCAAUUCUUUAAUGGACUGCUGUGUGUGGGCAUGGGCAUAGUCCUGGGCACUGGGAAGCAGGGGAUUGCAGCCAUCGCUAAUCUAAUUGGUUAUUACUGCAUUGGACUUCCAUUAAGUAUUGCUCUGACCUUCCCAGCAAAGUUACAAGUCGCUGGCUUUUGGUGGGGCCUUUUUGUUGCUGUCUUCUUGCUGUCAAUCUUUUUCAUUGUCAUCAUCUUCAAAUUAAAUUGGAAGAAGUUAACAGAAGAGGCUAUUGAACGUGCUGGAAGAGGGAAGAGCAAAGGCAUAGAGUUUAGAUCCAGCCACCGGCUCUCCGAUAGCUUCUUCCUUGCACUCAGUAACUCAGAGAAUCAGAAUGGCUACACAUCUGUGAGCUCUCAAGAUGAGGCUGAGGAAAGAAGCACUUCAGUGGCUCAGCAGAGAUUGAGAGAGACUCAGGAAGGAGAAAUGAGAAAAGUAAACCAACUCUCAACCGCUCAGCUCAUCAUCAGGAGAGGUCUGACUGCUCUGACUGCUGUCUUAACCCUCAGUGUAGGGAUGAUGGUCCACUUCAUCCUGCCUCUGCCCCAGGUGCCUUCCAUCACCAAUAGCACUUUGGACUUGCAGAACUCCACUUUAUCUUCUCCCACUGCCACAACAACAAUGUCUUUUUGAGACUGAGAGAUCCUUGCUGGAUAAGUGUUUUUGUUUGGUAUUGGUAGUAUAUACUGUAUUACCAUUAUAGUGUAUUGACCUGUCUAAUAUAAACUACCAGGAUAGAGAAUGAUAUAUUAACUUAACUAAACUAAAGUUGAUUGCCACUUUUCUUUACUUCUGGAAUGUGAGAAAUGUCACCAAUGUAUAUGCAGUAAAAACACAGUGAAAUUGUAAGUAAUCCAACAGUAAUUAUCUCUUUAUGUAAAGAAAAUAACAGGUUAAUAUUGUUUGAGAGAUUGCACAUCUUGUAGUAUAUAAAUAAUGGAACAAACUGCCUAAACAAAGAACUAAUAUUGUCCCUUAAAUAAUUGUAACAAAAUAUGCAUUUCUGUAACUCUUGAAAUAUAUGACAAGAGAUUGUAAAAUUAUUGUAUGCAACAUUAUACCUUCAUGUAGGCUUUGGGUUGAAGUCUGCUACAGACUGAAUGUCCAUACAAUAAAUUCCUUGUGACUAUAAAGUCUUUUACAUGGCUUCAGGCCAAAUAAGCAUAUUGCUACCUCUUCACAAUCACACUUAAAGCAAUCCCUACAGCCAGAAUAAUGAACAUAGCCAUUAGAGUCAGGCUUCUGCGGACCACCAAGACCCCUAAAGGUAGCGGCUCCCUCGUUGUAGUCAUGUUUUUCAGAUUCUCCGCCAGCCUCUCAGUGUCAGUGUGAGGGCCUUCAUCGGUGACAUGCAUGUUGUCAGACUGCUCUACUGUAUCUGCCAAUAAAAAGAUUCUGUUAAAUGUGAUAAAA